UUUGCCGCCUAUCUUUGCAAAAUCAAUCCUUUGCAUUGGCGAAUGGCGAUCAGCCGAAUGCAACUCGUACCGAGUUUGAUAAUCUGAUAAGAGUUUAGUAUUUUCACCAAAAUAACAAGAUCAUGGCUGUUGCUGCAACACAUCUCCGUCAAACUUUAUUGAGAAGUUCUUGUUUGUUCCGAAAAAGUGCUCUUAAACUCGCGCCUGUGACCCUACAGCCAUGUAAAUUUUUUCACUCAGAACUGCUCAAGAAUCUAAGGGCUACCUCUUGCCCUUCUCUUACUUCUCAGAAUUCGCAGGUAUCUCUUAAAAUAUCCCAGCGUUGUUAUUCAAAAUAUGACGAUGAUGAUAGACAUCCAAUUCAUUCACAAUACAAGAAUACUGAGGAACGUUCCAUCUACAAUGUCGAGAAUAGAGUAAUGAAAGUUCUGAAAGCUUAUGAUCGCAUAACUGCGGAUAAGCUAACCUUGGACUCUCACUUUAUCAAUGAUAUUGGUCUGGACUCGCUGGAUCAUGUUGAAGUUAUCAUGGCCAUGGAAGACGAAUUCGGUUUUGAGAUUCCAGAUGGUGAUGCAGAAAAACUUCUACGACCAAAGGAUAUAAUUCAGUAUAUUGCAGAUCACGAAGAUAUUUAUGAAUAAGAUUUCCAAUGAAUACUGGUUGUUACUGUUCUGAAAAAAGUGGUAGAUUUGGCUUUCCUCUAAUGUGCAGAUUAUCCGCAAAAUUUGUUAGACUUUUGUAAAUUAUUCUUAAGGCUUUUCUUUUUAUUUUUAUUUUCAUUAAUUAAGAUUCAGAAACUAACUUCUCCUAGUCUUUAUUUCUCCUAUCGUCUUAAUUAUUCAAUGUCUCACUCAUCAAAGAAACCAGUGUUGAAAUAAGAGCCAAUAAAACUAGAUUGUUGAAAGUUA